GGGACCCCAGGCAGGCAUGGUGGGCUAUGACCCCGAGGCCAAGUGCGUCUCCACGGUGGAAGCGGCUGUAGCGGGAUCAGCAUCUGGCUUGGUCACUCGUGUCCUUAUCAGCCCCUUGGAUGUCAUCAAGAUCCGCUUCCAGCUUCAGAUCGAGCAGCUCUCCUCCAAAACCCCGGGGGCCAAGUAUCACGGCAUCUCACAAGCUGUACAGCGCAUCUUCCAGGAGGAGGGGCUGGGAGCCUUCUGGAAGGGCCAUGUUCCUGCUCAGCUCCUUUCUGUUGGCUACGGAGCUGUUCAGUUCAUGGCAUUUGAGAGCUUGACGAAACUGGUGCACAACGUCACCUCAUACAAUGCCCGUGAUUCCUUUGUGCACUUCGUCUGCGGUGGACUGGCGGCUUGCGCAGCCACUGUUGCCGUUCAGCCCGUUGACACGCUACGCACCCGCUUUGCUGCUCAGGGUGAGCCUAAGAUCUAUCGCAACCUUCGCCACGCAGUGGUGACCAUGUACCAGACAGAAGGGCCCCGCACUUUCUAUAGAGGUUUGACUCCCACUAUCAUCGCUAUCUUCCCGUAUGCCGGGCUCCAGUUCUCCUUCUACAACAUCCUGCAGCAGUUUUCCGAAUGGGCAGUUCCAGCUGAAGGAAAGAAAGGAGGCAACGUUAAAAACCUUGUUUGUGGCAGCUGCGCUGGAAUCAUCAGCAAAACCCUCACCUACCCUUUUGACCUGUUCAAGAAACGACUGCAAGUGGGUGGCUUUGAGCGUGCCCGGGCAGCCUUUGGGCAGGUACGGAUGUACAGGGGUCUCCUGGACUGCGUAAGGCAGAUCCUGCGAGAGGAGGGCCCGGGUGGGUUCUUCAAGGGCCUCUCACCCAGCUUGCUGAAGGCUGCAGUCUCCACUGGCCUGGUCUUCUUCUGGUACGAGCUGUUCUGCAGCCUGCUGUGCGCCCUGAAGAACACAGGCAGCACUACGAGGAAGGAGGGCUGAAAGAGGCGAGUAUUUGCCUACCCGGUGUUCUCCUGGAGGAGGGAAAACUGAUGGCUUUGCCAUCAUGAGCAUGUUGGAAAUGUCAGAGGUCCACCAGCCUGUCGGAAAUCACCUCCUGAGACCGAGAAGGAGAAGGCGACUGCGGUUCAGCCGAAGGCGCUGAACUGCUCUGCUGGAAGCUGUUCAACGGAGCACUUCUUUUCUGUCUUCUCUCAUGUCAGCGGACAUUUAGUGGGGAGAGGGGGGAACCAAGCAGACAACCACCUAGCAGAGUGAUCUGAAAAGGCACCCAAUAAAGUGGGUGGAUUCCUGUGCUCGCCCGGGGUCACAGAGGGAUCCUGGCGUAGCUCCUGCUGCUUAACCAGCCUAAAGUCACUUUGUACCUCUGCAUCUGCACAGCUUUAGUUCCUUGCUCUGUGGCCUGCUGUUCCCACCAUAUUAUUUUCUUGGUGUUGCACAGGUAUCUCUGUCCUGCUGUUGUGAAGUCACUUAAAACCUCUUCAGUGUGCACAGAACCUCUGUUUUCCUUCACUUUGCUGCCAGCUGCUGGUUCUUGAUUACCACUCACUGGCUGUGCGUUCUCAGCUGCCUUAAACACACAAUCUUCUAGCAGAUCAUGCUGACCCAAACUUUAUCUUUCUCCAGCUGUGAUGAGCUUGAUUGUAUCCCAAGUGCCCAUUUCUCUUCCUGCAUGCCUUGCCAUACAUCUCGUAGGGUUUUGCAUUGCCUUAGUCACGCUUUUUACAAGUAGACCUGGAGAUUAAAAGCGCCGCUCUAAGAGGAUUCAACGCACAAACCAGUUCUUACUUCAGGGUUCUUUGUUUCAAUGUAGUGAGUAAACAAAUGCUGUAUAGAGCUUUAGAAAUAUUGAGUCUAAGUUGGAAUGAUGAAGGAAAAGUCCUGUGGAAACAAGUAAAUGUCUUUUUUUUGUUUUAAUACCACUUUUGAAUGUUUCUAGCAAGUAUUUCUGUAGUGGCCUCAGCAUUUCUGAACCUCAGUCCUACAGUGGUGCUAACAAAUGAAGAUGUUUUGACAAGAUUAGCUGAAGUGAGAGGACUAAACAUCAAAUUGGAAUUGGUUGGCUUAGCAUGGUGUUUGACAGGAACAGGCUGAUUGAAUUAGAGCUGGAUAAGCGUUUUUCUGGAGUUUCAAAGGCUUUGUGAAUGGUUAAAAAAAACAACACAUCUCUGAUUUAUGUAGCAAGGAAAAGAAAGAAAAAUACUUUAUUCCUCCUCUUUUAUCCUGUUUUUCCAAGCUGAGCAGGGCGUGGAAGGCAGAGUUCUGAGGAAGAGCCUCUGUGAUUCAAAAGCGUGUUUGUCAUCGGGUGAGUAGUGGAGGGGGCAGAGCGCUGCAGUUAUUUAGAGGAUGGUUUGAUGGUUCAUCCUCUUAAUGCAGAACUUUUUGUGGCUCUUUUGCAAUAUGCGGGGUGUUAAUCCCAAAUGGCCUGGCCAAAUUCCAACGUGACCAAUUCCAUUCUGUUGACGUAAGUUAUCCUGGUGAUUUUGAGCAUAUCAGCGUUGCUCACUUAUCCUGAGCUAUUGUGAGAGGCUGUUUUUAAAGAGCAGCUGUUUCACUGGUGGCUGAGGUAUCCAGAGAGAUUCCUCGCAAGCCCAGGCCAAAUAACUUUAUGUCUGCUGCGGUCUGAGAUCUUGGAAGAUCUCACUGGAGUUUCCCCGUUGGAAUGACUGGGAUUUCACUCUGAUGUAAUCCUAUCAGCGGGGACUUGCGCUGCCUGAAAUUCACCUCACAGGCUGCUCAGCAGUUGCGUUGGUUUUCCUCUAGUGCCUUUUGCCAUCAGAAUGUCCAAAAGCACUUCAGCAGGCAGAGCGUUGAAGAUGAGUUGCACUGUGGUGGUGAAGGGAUCCACCAUUGCUCUUAGCUGGCCUCGGAUGGGGGACAUUGUCGCACAAGUUCUGUGAAGAACAAACCGUUUCCCACGGCGCUGGCUGGCUCUUGAGUUUCCAGGACAGUCCUGUUCUCAGGAUGCUCAAUGGUUUUUGAAAAUAAAUUAAUAAAUUAAUGCUUUACAGUCAGUCUUGGAAUAGAUGUAUUUCAUUUGGGUUUAAGUUUCAUCAUGUAGAACUGUAAUUCUCUGUGGCAUUUUGCUGUGGUGCCUGCGUGGAUCUUUUGCAGCUGCUGUCGCCUGAAAGCAUCCGCGCACAACGCAUGCCUACCUUUGACAAAAGGUACAUUAAAUAUUUUGUUAUGCUCCUG